GUCCUAUGUUGACAUGGUAUGCGCAUUCGCUAGAUUUCUCUUGUCAGUUUCUGGAUGGGUUUUCAACAAGCUGUACUCCCUGCUAGCGGAAUACACGCAGUUUUUGAGCGCUUUCACGGAGGAUACAUCCAGCGGUGUGUAAAACGUAGAUCACAAUGGUAGAUGCUUUCUCCCUGGUUAUCGGUUCGGUUGUCGUCGUGUGCGUCAUACAACUACUUCGACUGAUCGUCGCAGACUGUGACCUAGUGCUGCAGUGGGCCACGAAAUUUGGAAAAUCUCCAAAAUGUCUGAAAGGUAAAGUGAUAUGGGUGACUGGGGCCUCCACUGGUAUCGGGGAGUCCCUUGUGUACGAGCUGGCAUCUGCCGGAUGUCGUCUGGUGCUGUCUGCCCGUCGAGAAGAGGAGCUGCACCGAGUCAAGAAGCAAUGUCUCACGUGUGGGCCGCUUCAAGACGAAGACAUCAUGGUGGUGCCAUUGGACAUGGUCAAACAACACGAACAUGCAUGUGCUGUCGAGAAAGUUCUCAAGCAUUUUAAACAGAUAGACAUUCUUGUGAACAACGCCGGUAGGUCACAGCGGGCUGACUGGGUGAAUACAUCCAUCGAUGUUGAUCGUGAGAUGCUGGAGACCAACGUCCUGGGAACCUUAUCGCUGACUAAAGCUGUCCUUCCAGACAUGAUAGAUCGGAGAGACGGUCACAUCGUGGUCGUGAGUAGUGUUGGUGGGAAAGUAGUUGUAGGAGCGCCAAUGUCUGGAUCAUACGCUGGGUCGAAACAUGCACUCCAUGGCUGGUUCGAGUGUUUGCGGAUUGAACAAUAUUCCAACAACAUCAAGGUGACGAUGGUUUGUCCUGGACCUGUCUUCUCCAGCUUGAUGUCUAUUGCCAUGACGGAGGAGAAAGGAAAGGUGGUGGGAGGGGAGAUGAAACCAGGGGAAAAGAGGAUGGCAACAUCUCGGUGUGCCAGUCUGACAGCUGUCGCCAUCGCCAACCAGCUGGAUGAGGUGUGGAUCUCGGAGCACCCAGUACUGGCCUUUAUCUACUUGUUUCAGUACCUUCCUUCCUUCACAAGAAGACAGGUUUGUAAGAUGAGUCUGGCCAAGUUGAAGAAGAUGAGAGGGUCGGUAGGGUUGAGCCCAUAGCUACCAGCACUGACCAGCACUGACCAAAGCUAACCAACACAGCACAAGGCAUUUCACAGCUCUCAAUUCACUGACCACACAGUACAGUGAAACCAAUCCCAAAGUGACAUAUCCCAGAUUAACAAACCUAUGUGUUGCGGAAUGUCAAUGAGGCAAAGUCCUGAUGGGUAGCAAGGCUUCUGAACCAAAUGUAGGAUAGUGCGGUUUAGUUUUGCCUUUCUGUUCACAUAUAUUUGAACAGGAUGUAUCUACUAUAACUGCAUAAUCGUCCUUGUUUAAUCAUGUAGUAACAUCCAUUAUUACCUCCAUUUUCCAAAUAUAAUGCUUCCUAAACGAAUGUGAAACUUGGCCUGGCAUCCGAUUUUGUUAAGGAAUUUUGUUUUUGUCUUCACAAGAUAAUGAUAAUGUAAUUCCAUAUCUGGUCAACGUGGUUUAAUGCAUUUGAAGAUUAUUUCUUCAAGUUUGUCGGGUAAAUAUCAAGAGCAUGUUUCUUCAGGAGAAUUAACUGUUUCCAGUCACCUUGACAUUUGUUUUGAGCUGCUUGCUUAAGGACUAGUCAUUUAUUAUAGGGGAAGGGGGGCCGUGAGAUUAGGUGGUGGAGGCAAUGAAAAAAUGGUACAGUCAGCAUUGUCUCAGUGUGUGUGUAUAUUCGGUUCUAUUUUUCAAAAAAGGUAAACAUUACCAACUUGAACACUUGAACAUCAUUUAGGGACUGGUCACUUAUAAGGAGGGUGUUAUGAAAGAUUGUUGAAUGUAUUUCAUUGGGAGAUGUGCAUGGGAAGAUGGCCGUUAAGAAGAUUUAUUUGUAAAAAUGUGUACUGUAAAAAGAACAAAAGACUGAACAGAACCCCCCCCCCCCC